UAUCUUUAUGUACACAAUGUGUAUUUAUAAAUUAGAUGUAGCCUACAUGCAUGUGUUUUUGGAUGAUUUUUUUUUUACACAACAGCGAUACCGCAAUUCGCUUGAUGAAACGAUCGACAUGCUUUAAAAAUGUACUUAAAUGUUUGCUAACAACACAAGGCAUAUGUGGAGUGCCACUUUUCCGGAGGCUAAAUAUUUUUCAGGUGGGGAUUAGCGAGUUUUUAUUUUCUCUCGCUCCGGAUUCGCCAGUUCAUUUAAUUCAAAUACGGAUUCUAUUCUGUUGUUUUUUUUGUUUUUUUUAAUCAACCUGUAAGAACGUGUGAAAGCCUUUUAAGUAUUAAGCGACAAGCGGGUUCACUAUAAAUAGAACGGGUUCUGCGACCAUUUGUUUGCAAGCAUGUCGCUUCUUGCGCGGACAACAAUAUUGCCAUUUCAUUUCAAUAUACCACAGUUUGAAGUAGGCACGUUUCUGUUGUAUAUAAUUUUCAAAAGCCAGCGAUCGGUCAUGGGGAUCGAGAUAACCGAGGUUAGAGACUAAGUGGCAAAUUUGGCGAUUUUGGGCUCGAGAUAUCAGUGGAAGUCACUGGUGACCUACUGAUCCUGAAGAGUUGUAUUGUCAUUGGGUUGGGGUGGGUAGGUAAGUAAGUGUUCAAAACAUUCAGCUUAAUUGAACAUCAGGACGUGGUUCACAAUUAGGUUGCAAGAUUUGACCCAGACAAACUAACAAACGGACAGUGCAACCUAAGAAAAGGCGUAUAAAAAAGAGGAGGCGAAAUAAACCAGUCAAGCCUCUUUUCAUUUACUAAAGUUUUACACGGGGGAUGGGGGAGUUUAAAAGUCUGCAAAAGUGAGAGACUGACAUCUUUUUAUAAAUAUGAUGAUGAAAAUGAAAGAAAAUAAAACUGACAUAAAUGUGAAAGUUUGAACAGACAAGCUAAAGAAACAUUGUCAGCCAUCUUCCACACUACAGCAAGUUAAAAUUAUGUGUGUCUAUGUCAAUGGCUCAUUACAACCUAGAUAAGCCCGUGGCAGAAGUAAUUGGUGUCAACUUAGUGACGGAGAUUUUUUUUUAUUUGAUGGGAACGAGUGACAAUCAAUAAUCAAUGCCUCUUCGGGCGGCGUAAGCUCCAGCGGAGGACAUGACAAUUGAUCAGGAUUCCUUCUCCCUACCCACCCCAAGCCCAUGGGCGCCCGCAGAAAACUUUCUGGGGGGGGGGGGGCAAAAAAAUUGAUUAACUUUCCAGGGGGGGCAAAACAUUUUUAGUAAUGUUUUAAUGUAGUUUUAAUUUACUGUAGCCGUAGCGUAUUUGUAUGGUGAACGAACGGACAGGACAUCAGCUUAGUUACUUCCUCUUUAUUUUCUCUUUACUUUAAUACAUUUUUUGUCUAAAAAAUUUUUAUCCAAUCAAUCCAGGGGGGGGCAAGUGCCCCCCUCCCCCCCCCUUGCGGGCGCCCAUGCCCAAGCCAAAAUAUGACAAUGUAAUGACUUAUUGUGUGUUUGUUGCUAUCAUUACACCAUAAAUACGGUAUUUUUAAUUUAAAGCAAUUUGUUCCGUGAUAUUCUUUUUAUAUUUACAUUUUACCUGGUUGGGUGCAAAAGUUUAAGUUUCUUGAAGAAGUGAAAGAAUCAGAAACAAUUUUUUAUAAUAUGGCUGGCGACUCUGAGGUAUUUAAAAAAAAAAAUUUAACAGCUUCUAUACUCUUAAAAUUUCCACCGUCUAAAAGUGUUAGUUGUUAGCCCUAUCAAGCGAAUAUGACAUAGGCUAUAAAAAAUAUUAGUAUUAUUAGCCUAGGCUUUAAGUUUAAAAAAAAAAAAUAUAUAUGUAAUUUAUAAAAUUAUAUUAAUAUUAUAUAUAUUUUAAUUUUAUUAUGAUAAUCAAAUCAAUUAAAUUAAAUUUUUAAAUGAUAAAUCAAAAUCAUUCAUUCAUUUUCAUUAUCAUCAGUGUAUCAGUAUCAGAGUAUCUAACUUUACCAAUCUAAGUAUCACUAUCACUAGUAUCAGUCAGUCUAGUCUAGGGUGACCAAAUCAUGAACUGGAAAAAACGGGACACUUUCAUGGAUUGGGGGGGGGGGGGGGGGGGGGGACCCUCCAGCUAAAGGGGGGGCGGGAAACUGAUAUUAAUUGAAAUAAGCUAUUCUCAUUUCCACUAUGAAAAUGAAAUUAUCACUAGUAUCAGUCAGUCUAGUCUAGGGUGACCAAAUCAUGAACUGGAAAAAACGGGACACUUUCAUGGAUUGGGGGGGAGGGGGGGGGGGGGUACCCCCCAGCUAAAGAGGGGUCUGGAAACUGAUAUUAAUUGAAAUAUGCUAUGCUCAUUUCAACUAUGAAAAUGAAAUCUAACCUAGUAGAAAUCUACUUGGGGCACUCAAUCUUUUCCUAUGUUUCACUGAUGUGAUGUGUUUUAUGAUUUAUGUCUGAAGAAUGUCCACCAUGAGUGCCAUGACAAAUACUAAAUACUAAAAACAUUAUUGGAAACUAUGCACUCGGCUUCAUUUUCAUAGCAUCCCUUUUUAAUAUAAAUAUAAUAUAUAUAUAUAGUUCCACUCUUUGGAAUACUCCUCCAUAAACUUACAUUGACUCAAUGAUUAACGGUUGAGCAUAAUUGUCUGCAUGAAAAGAUAAUAUAAAAUUAGAGAAUAAAGUUCAACUUAUAAGUAUAAGGAUUGCAUUGAAAUCACAUUUAUCGGGAAAAUCCAAACAUCUGUUAUUUUUAGUGUGUUUUUCAUUGCGUUGUUAAUACUGCAAAUAAAAUUAAAAUUAAUUGGAUCUAAAUAAAUACGCAAAUGACAUCAUAGCCUAUUUUAGCCACAGCGCUAAGUUUCUUGUAUUUAAUAACCGCGGGUGGCAGAUUUGAUAAUUUAUUUUUCCCUUUUAAAAAGUAAAAUUCAUAAAUAUAAAUUAUUGCUUUUUUUAAAUUGCUAAAAUUUACUAAAAUUAAAUACAACUUUAGCUUUUUAUUUUUAACAUUUAAUAAGUUUUUACUUUUUAUUCAUUCCAAAAAUAUGCUUUUCCUUUUAUGAAAUUUAUAAGGUAGUAAAAACUUAACCUUUAAAUAAACUUUUAAUGAGAAAAUGGCGUUUAAUUCAAUUAAUGCAGUGAAACUACAUAGCCAAAUAUUAUUCAAAUGGUAAUGCACUUAUUAUUCAUCCAAAUAAGAACAAAGCAAAAUACGAUACUUUCAUUUGUCCAAGGCAGCACAAGAUACGCCUCAGAAUGAAUUGGAUAAACAAUUAACAUUCUUAGGUACAUAUAUAUCCGGGGUAGGAAAUAGGGUGUGUACAUUUUUACCUGGAUGACAAUAUAUUUAAAUCCAAUGAUAUUACAGUUGUGAAAAAUAGAUGCUAUACUGGUAUUCUCAUUUUAAAAAUGAACAUAUGUUUACCAAUUAAGAAAAUCAAUGACUUUAACAAACGUAAGUACAUUUACAUAGUUAUACCCAUAAAUAUCAUCAUUUUACAAUCAUUUUACACGAUAGAGAUGGUUUAAGAUUUUCUCAGACAGAUAGAUGACAGACAGACAUACAGGCAGGCAGACGGAUGGACGAGCAGACUGGCAGAUGGAUGGACAAACAGACUGAUUAGAUUGGAUAGAUAGAUUAGAUAGAUAGAUAGAUUGGAUAGAUAGAUUGGAUAGAUAGAUAGAUUAGAUAAUUAGAUAGAUAGAUAGAUAAGAUUGAUAGUUAGAUAGAUUAGAUAGAUAGAUAGACAGACAGACAGAUAGAUAGAUGAUAGACAGGCAGACAGAUAGAACGCCUCCUUGAAUAGUUGCGCAAAAGAUGUCUUUUAUUCGGUAAACUAUAUCUAUACAUAUAAAAAAAUUAAUGUAUGUAUGUUCCGUAAACACUACUAUACCAUUCAUCUGAUUGUGAUAAAACUUUUGUGAGUUGUUGUACACACUCCCGCAAAUUUUUCUGAAUUAUUACAAACAUUUUACAAUAUUCCGUUUUGGGCCGGGGGCCCUAAAUUUUUUUUUUUUAAUGAACUUAACAUAAUUUCUGUAUGUGUUCCUAUACCAUUCAUUCGAUUGAAAUAAAACUUGCGUAAGUUGUUGUGCACAGGCCCGCAAAGGUUUCUGAAUUAGUUUAUCCAUUUUGAAAUAUUUCUUUUGGGGCCAUGGGCCCUAAAUUUUUGUUUUUUUUAAAGAGCUAUACAAAUAUAAUUUUAAACAGAGCUAUUGCAUGGAUGGAUGGAAUUAAUUCAAAUAUAAGUGACAUUUCAGUUUGUGUGUGACAUAAUAAGUAGAUUUCUGAAUUAGUACAAACAUUUUACAAUUUUGCGUUUGGCGCCGGGGGCCUUAAUUUUUUAUAUUUCUUUAUUAUGUGAGCUAUAUAUAUAUAUAAUAAAUAAUAAUAAUAAAGUUCAUUUCAAAAUCACGCUUCAUUCCCAAACGCUCGAAGCGCGGUACAAAGUCAACAAAAUCAAAUCUAUAAUUUACCACAUUUAUAACAAACGCAACACUACAAAAACUAAUGUCAAACAGGGCUAUUGCGUGGGUGGAUCAUUCGCUACACUACAAGUGUGUAGUGCAUGAAUUGGACUAAAUUUUUAAAAUCCAUGCUUCUCACGUGGACAGCUGUAUGUUGCCUGCUUACGCAUCCAAAAAACCUUCUAAUUUAUUCGUGUACGCACCAGACGGAAAAAACAAAAAAUAUUUUCUAUUUAAAAAUUAGUCCAAAAACGUUAUAAAACACAAACUUAUUCUUUCUUUGAGUGGCAUUGCAACGCAUGCCGAGGUCUCGCUAGUAUUUAUAAUCGUUGACUAUUAUUAUUAUACUGUGUAUACUGUACUAAUUAUACUCUACAGUAUUAAAUCCAUUGAUCUUUUCUAAUUAUAAUUCUAUGAUUAUUAAAUUAAUGAAAAAUUCUCUGGCAUUAUGGGGUACCAGGAAAACUGGUCAGGAUCAUUCAGAGUCAGAGUUCUUAUGAAGAAAUGACAUGCAGGCUGGUACAUGAAAGUAGACUCACAGAUUGGAUAGUGCAAACAAGAUGUAUAUUGUCCCCUUUCUAUUCAUCCUUACCAUUAACUGGAUAAUAAAAGAAUCCACAGACAAAAAUGGAAAUGGGAAUAGUCCCCUUUCUAUUCAUCCUUACCAUUAACGGGAUAAUAAAAGAAUCCACAGACAAAAAUGGAAAUGGGAUACAGUAGAAACCAUGGGGAAAAAAUGAAUGACCUAGAUUUUUCAGGUGAUGUUGCACUUCUGUUCCACAACCAACAAUGAAAGCAGAAAAGGACAAGAGAUGUGACAAGAGCCACAAUUUCAGCCACAGCUUGGACUCAACAUAGAGGCAAACAAAGAUCAUGAAGGUAAACUCAACCUACCAAGAGCAAAUCUCUCUGGCUAGAAAAGCACUAGAAGAAGUGGAGGCUUUCACAUACUUAGGCAGCACCUUUGACAUAAAUGGUGGAUCCAAAGCUGAUGUUAGGGCUAGAAUUGGAAAAGCUCAGUCAGCUUUUGAGCCACCUGUACUGAAGAAAAUAUGGGAGUCAAAGGAGCUGAGUCUGCAAACUUAAGUCAGAAUUUUCAUCACAAAUGUCAAACGAAUCCUAAUCUAUGGAACCAAAACUUCAACACAGUCACAGAAAAAUUACACAAACACUUGCUUUAGAAAGAUCCUGAACAUAAAAUGGACAAAUAUCACCAACAAAGACUUAAUGGAAACACAUACCAAGAGCCUGUUACUGAAGACAUCAUAAGGAAAAGAUGAAGGUGGAUAGGGCACACUCCUUGUAAACCGCUAGAAAAUGUAACCAGAUGUUUUAACAGGGAAUCUGCAGACACACAAAGUAUGGGAUACACUUGGAAGCAACUAGAAAGAAAAGCACAGGACCAAGAUUAAUGGAAAGAAAACAUUGGACCAAGAUGAAUGGACAAUGCUUGUAGAUGGUUUCUGCCCCAGGCUUGCUAAAAGGCAUAAGUCUAAAGAAAUACUGAAAGAGGAUUCCAAAUUUGGCACAAUACGACCAAAAAGUUGCCAACCCUUGUGUUUAAGACAUUUUGGCAUUUAUUUACAUCAUAUUUACCCAAAAGUACUUAUAAAAUAAUAAUAAUAAUAAUAAAGUUCAUUUCAAAAACACGCUUCAUCCCCAAAGGCUCGAAGGGCGGUACAAAGUCAACAAGAAACAAAUCUAUAAUUUACCACAUUUAAAACAAACACAACACUACAAAAACUAAUUACAAGCAUACAAUGACAAACUCUUUCUAGCCAUUUCAACCAUAAGCAACACAGCCAUUAUGCAUUAAUUGGAAAAUAAGGUAGACAAUCAUCCCAGAAGGUGUUUGCGAAAUAGACGUGUCUUUAAAUCGGUUUUAAAGGACUCCAGUGUCUGGUUGUUUCUGAGAUCGACAGGAAGGGCGUUCCAAAUUGUUGGACCAGCAAAUGUGAAAGUGCGCUUUCCGUAAGUCUCAAGGCAAACACGUGGUGUCGAGAGUUUGCCACUAUCGGAUGAGCAGAGCUCUCUAGUGGGUACAUAAGGCAUCAGCAGCUCUUUCAGAUAGGACGGCGCCAGGUCAUUUAAGCAGCGGUAGCACAAAGUCGCGAUUUUGUACUCUAUGCGAGCACGCACCAGCAGCCAGUGCAACUCUCUCAGAAGUGUUUUUGCAUGGUUGAACUUGCGUUUGCGGAGAACAAUGCGAGCCGCAUUAUUCUGUGCUAUUUGAAUUUUAUCCAGGAGUGUAGCUGGAAGACCCACCAUGAGAGCAUUGCAAUAGUCCAUGCGUGAUAGCACAAAUGCAGACAUCAGCCUCUUUGUUGCAUCAAGUGUUAGGAAGGGCCUGAUGUGACUAAUCCUGCGCAGCUCCAGAAAAAUCGCCUUGCAUAGCAUGUUAAUAUGACUUUCAAAAGUUAGUCUUCUAUCUAGGUAGACACCCAGGUACCGCACCGUUUGAGCAGCUCAGUCUUAUCAUCAUUUAAUUUGAGCUUGUUUAUGGUCAUCCAGUGCAUAACCGACUCCAUUGUCUUCCGUGUCAUACUGAGCAGCUGAGGGAACUGAGAAGGGAUCACGGAUUGAUGAAGUUUUGUAUCGUCUGCGAACAUGUGAUACAACAUGUCAAACUGUCUGAUCUCUGCACUCAGGGGCUGAAUGUACAUCGUGAAAAUCACCGGGCCUAGGACUGAGCCCUGGGGUACUCCGAAUUCGAAAUUAGAUUUCUUCGAGGUCAAGCCGUUUGAAAUAACUGACUGGACCCGAUUAGUCAGAUACGAUCGGAACCAACAUAUUGAGAUGUUAACAAAUUAGGCACUUAUAUUUAUGUCAUUAUAUGGCACUUGGAAUAAAUUAUGAGGUAUCUCUCUCAAUUUAUAGGUGCGUAGGGGAAUUAAAAGUGUACAUUGAUUUUGAUAGUUGUCACAAGAAGUUGUUUAUUCAUUAUUUUUCUCUGUUAUUUCAGAAAGGCAGUGGGGAUACUAUUGGUAUUGAAGAAAGAAGAGCAACCCAUCAAAAGCUUGAGCAGUGGUUAAAUAAAAGUAUGAGGAUAAAAAUGACUGAUGGAAGAACUCUUAUAGGUGAGAGUUAGUGUUAUCAAAGAAGCAUUCAUUUAAUCAAAACUGAAGUAUGGUAUCUUUAAACCUAAUUAUUAAAAAAUAUUCUUCUUACUGUAAAAAUGGAAAGAACAAACAUAUAUUUAUAGUGUACUGGUGAUUGGGUUACUGAUAAAUUGCUAUUCAUAUAUUUUUAAAAAGGUAAUCUUAUCCUUUAAGUUGUGCUUUUUUUUCUGGACUGGGCCAAUAUAAAGUGGUAUAUUCUUGCUCCUCAGUGAGAAAAACAUUUGUAAUACAAAUAUUCUAUAAAAUAUUCUUUUGCUUAACCGAAAUGUUAAGAUUUUUAAAAAUCUUGUAUUAAUUAAUAUGUUCUUUCAGGCACAUUUUUGUGCACUGACUGUGACUGCAACAUCAUAAUGGGAUCUUGCGAAGAGUAUUUGAAAUCUCCAGGUAAUAUUUUCAUUAUUUUUCAAUUUGAUCAUAGAGGAAGGAAACUGUGAAUGAGAAAUAAUCACAUGAAAAAAAUCAUUCUCAAAGUAAAAUUUAAUUUUACGAGUUCAUAAAAUGAAAGAAGUUAUGGAAAUGAGCACGAUUCAGAAUUUAUUUACUUUCACUGUUCCAGAUCUUGAUCCAAGAGAAGAUCCUCGCAUAUUAGGACUUGCUAUGAUACCUGGAAAACAUGUGGUAACCAUUGAAAUUGACGAGUCAGUUAUAGGAGAUGAAGGUUUGUCAUGAAAAUGUUUUUAGUUAUGUACAUAAACCCUGCACAUGUCAAUUACAGCAAUUUGAGUAAUUAUAUGUAUCUGGUCAUAUUAAAUUUUGUAUUAAUGUACUAUCAUUGGUUCUUUUCAGUUUCAAUACCAAAACAUUUCCAGGCAAAAGAUUUAAAGUUUUGAAGGAUGUUCUUUUGCCUGAAGGAGAAUGUUUUGUUUUGCUAAAAUUAAAGACUUAUUUUUGACCUUUUGUUUUCAAACCAUUGGAUUUUUAUUUUAAAUUUAACUAUUUUUACAGAAGAAUCAGAAAGUACAAGAAACAACAGUAAUGAAACAAACAGCAGUGGAUUAGAUAAUGCAAUAGAUGGUGAAAAGAUUAUAAAUGUUCAACAUAUUUCAAUGAAUCCAUCAUGAUAAUCGUUUUCUUCUUUAUUAAUGUGACAGAUUUUUUUAUAAUGUGGCUCUAUUUGUAAUAGUCUGUUAUUAAGUGUUAUAUGGUCAAGCAGUCAAAAAGGUACCUGGUAUGCUUAAAUUUGGUGCAAGAAGCUUGAUUGAGUCAAAGUUGAAACCAGUUGAAACCAGGAGUACAUGUUUGAGUUAACAAGAUGAUUAUUUGAAAUUUGCCCAACUUAAGUCUUAGGUGCUUUAAAAAACUGAACAUAAGAACCACCCAAUCUUGCUUUAUCACUACCUCUGGAUACCUUUAAUGGAUGCCCCAGUGGUCUCUGAUUAUUUUGAACUAUCUAUCUUCCUUAGAGCAUUGAGCAUAUAUAUAAUUUAUAGACACCAUAUCUCAUACCUCGUAAUUUCAAUAACUGAUCAUUUUACAAGUCUCAAAUCAACACCGAGUUCUUUCGACAUUAAUUAGACCUUUGCAUUGUUUUUAGCUCAUUAUUUAUUACCACUGCAUUUUCCAAACUGAAAUUAAAAAAAUUUGAAGAUGAU